AGGCUAACGGAUAAUAUAGCUAGCUAGCUACAGCCUUUCUUGAACUGUCUAUGGCUACAACCAGGGGAAAAAAUAAAAAAUAAAAUCUGCAUGUAUUACUGUAGCUAGCUACAUGAUACCUUUAUAAAUUCCAAAUUUCUUAAUGGAAUAGUUAAAACGUAUUUUAUUUAAUAUGUAUUUUUUAACAUUGUAUAUGUUUUAUUUUCGUAAAAUAGCAAUGUUGUUGCUAUCGAGGCUAGCUAGUUAGCAGCGGUGCUAACAGAUUAAAAUGAUGCAGAACAUGUUUCGGACCGGGUUUCUGGUUCGAGCCACACACACCCUGCUCACUUGGGUCAUAACCCUCAUACUGUUCCUGCACAACACUGAUUUGCGGAAGUGUGAGGAGCAAGGCGAGCUGUUGCUGCCAGUUCUGUUUUUCCUCCUGGUCGUGCUGUCAGUGCUGUUAUACUUUGCCGUUUCUUUAAUGGACCCUGGCUUCGUUCUCACUGACAGUGUAAAGGGUUCAAAUGAGGAAAUGGAGUCAAUGAUUCCUCAGUCUUCGAGCCCUCGACUGCGACGCUGUGGAUAUUGCCUACUACAGCAGCCAAUGAGAGCGAAGCACUGUCAGACGUGUAAACACUGCGUUCGUCGCUUUGACCACCACUGCCCCUGGAUCGAGAACUGCGUGGGAGAGAGGAACCACCGCUGGUUCAUCGUCUACCUGCUGGUGCAGCUGCUCGCUCUGCUUUGGGCGCUUCACAUCGCCCUGUACGUGAGAGUGUCUGGCAUCUCACCCAGCCUCACAUGGGUGCUGUGGUUCAGAGUGAACGGGUUCCUGUUGGUGGCGCUGGUCCUUGUCGGCGUCUUCUCUGUGGUGGCAGGGAUGCUGCUGGGCAUCCACCUUUACCUGGUCUCCAUCAACUGCACCACCUGGGAGUUCAUGUCGCGCCACAGGAUCGCCUACCUGAAGAACUGCGGAGACGAGGAGAACCCGUUUGACCGCGGCGUCUUCUGCAACCUGUGGAAUUUCUUCUGCAUCUGCAGGACGGUGGUGUGGGAGCAGACGUACGACAGAAACACCCCAAAUUCUGUCUGAGCUCCAACCAGACGGCCGUCACC